AUGCUGCCCGGCAUAGGUGUAUUUGGGACUGGCGCAGUAGCCAAAGUAUUAGUGCCAUUCCUACGUGAAAAAGGAUUCCCUGUAGAAGCAAUCUGGGGUGUAACACUCCAAGAAGCAGAAAAUGCCGCAAAAGAACUAAAGAUACCAUUUUUCACAAAUAAAAUUGAUGAUGUAUUAUUAAAAAAGAAUGUAAACUUAGUUUUUAUUGUCUGCGCCCCAAACUUACAUGCACAAAUAUCAGUCAAAGCUCUCGGAAUUGGUAAACAUGUAGUCUGUGAUAAACCAGCUGGGCUAUGUCAGGCUGAGGCUUUAAAAAUGGUGAGGGCAGCCCAGUAUUACCCAACACUAAUUUCUAUUGUAAACCAUUCUCUUAGAUUUUUACCGGCUUUUAGCUAUAUGAGAAAAAGUAUAAUUGAUGGAUACCUUGGUAAUCCUGCUGAAUUGACGCUGAUAGAUGUAAGAGUACAAAUGGGGUCCCUACUUGGAGACACAUACAACUGGUUGUGUGAUGAUACUAUGGGCGGUGGCACUCUUACAUUAGUUGGUAGUCAUGUAAUAGAUUUAGUUUCUUAUUUGAGUGGCCAGAAGGUUGUAAAAGUACAUGGGGUCCUGAGAACUUUUGUUGAAGAGACUCCCAAAAUAAAUGGUAUUAGAAAAGUUACUGCGCCUGACUUUUGUACAUUCCAAUUGCAAAUGGACAAAGGCUUACUAGUGACUGCAACACUUAAUAAUCAUUUGCCAGGAUUAUGUUUUCAUCAAGAAAUAUAUGUGUAUAGUAAGAAAGGAUAUUUAGUAGUGCGAGGUGGGGAUUUACAUGGGAAAUUGCACAAGACUUGUAUUGUGGAAGAGGAAGGUAAAAAGCCACAAGAUAAAGAAGACGUUAUAUAUGUUGACAUAGAGGACUUGAGCUGUACUUCAAGUGUCAUUCCUAAACCAUACAUCAAAGGGUUGUGUAAAAUGAUAAGUGCAUUAAAAGAAGCAUUUUUGCCUGUUAAAGAGCAAAUGGAUUGGAUAAAAGAACCAGUUCGAACAGCUGCUACUUUUGAAGAUGGACAAAGGGUGCAAGCAACAAUGGAGGCUCUACGGCAAUCAAACGAAGAUGGUCGGUGGAUUUCAGUCCAACUCCUCACUGAGACACCAGAUCCUAAUCCAGCAUUCUCUGCUGCUGUUAGACGAACAGCUAUUUCAUUACAAUAA